AUGCGUUAUUUAGUUUGCAGCCGUCAAGGGACCAAAGGGGGUGGUAGUAGCGCCCCAUCCACUGUGAAUGGUGAGGGAGGUCACGUUAAGCAACGAAGAAAGCGAAUUUCUAACAGGGUUCAAUGCCUAGCUAAGAUUUGUUUAAGACAGGACAACACUGGAGAGUUCGUGGUGACUAUUUUCGAAGAGAAUCACACCCACCCUUUGUGCUCUGAGGCAUCCAAACAAUUUUUGUGCAUCAACAGGAACCUAGAUGCCACACAACAAGCAUUCAUUGCAAGUUGCAUUAAAGCUAAUAUUGGGACCGCUCAAAGCUUCAGAUUAUGCAAGGAGUUAGUGGGUACGUACGGUAAUAUCGGUGCAACAAGCGUUGACUUCCAUAAUUUUAAACGAGACCUACAAGAGUAUGUCAGUGGGGGUGAUGGAGAGAUGAUUAUUAAACAGUUUAGCCAGAAACGGGAGGUGUCGGAUGGUUUUUAUUUCGAUUAUCAACUAGAUGAAGAGAAUCUGUUGGCGUGUCUUUUCUGGGCUGACCCCCUAGCUCGGGACAAUUUCUCGACCUUUGGUGACGCCAUUUCAUUCGAUGCAACCUAUGGUACGAACAGGUACUCUUUGGUUUUUGUGCCCUUCACCGGGGUCGACAACCACCGUCGUUGCAUCACCUUGGGGGCUGGACUACUCACUAAAGAGGACGUGGACUCAUACGUGUGGUUAUUAGACAAAUUCAAAACCGCAAUGGGUAAGAGUCCACUUUUCGUGGUUACCGAUCAGGACGCCGCCAUGAUCAUUGCUGUGGAACGGGUCUUACCAGAGAGUCGUCAUCGGUUUUGUAUGUGGCACAUCAUGACUAAGGUUAGUGAAAAAGCUGGUGGUGAACUUGCAAAGGACGAAGUAUUCCGUAAGAAGUUAAAUAGUAUAGUUUGGUCUGACCAAAUCGUAGUUGAGGAGUUCGAAGCUCAAUGGCAGGGGUUAAUGGCAGAGUACGAUCUUGGUGAACAUCAGUGGUUUAACAAACUGUAUGCAGAGCGGAUGUUCUGGAUCCCGGCUUAUUUCCUUGACUUGCCAAUGAGUGGGCUACUACGGACGACGUCCGGUCUGAAGGGGAAAACAAUGCUUACGGCAAUGAAUGAACUGAAAGUUGAAUUCCUGGCUGAUGGGUCGAGCACUCGCAUGGUAAAGGGAAACACCGCUGCUAUUCAGGCUUUGUGUGGUGUGUGCCCUCCGCAAUCCAUAUCUAUUAAGCCCCCAGCACAAGCAAAGAACAAGGGGAGCAGGAAACGCAUCAAGAGCAAGCUGGAGUUAGCUAUCGAGGCGAGGGAGAAAGAUUAG